GUGCAGAGGACAAGCAGGGUCUCAGGCAGAGGAGAGUCUCUAGAAGAGGAGAGUUAAGAUACAGUGAUGCCACCACUCUGUGCUGUUCUUCUGCUUUUCAGCAAAGUCUAUGGUCUGCUUGGGAAGGAUGUUGAUCAGCCUUACGCACUGGUGAGAGCUCAGCUUGGAGACAAUGUGACUUUCCCAUGUUUCCAUGCUCAAGAUUUUGUGUCCAGUGCCAGCUGGUUUAAGCAGCCUCUUGGAGAGAAGCCCCAGAUUGUAACGAUAACAUUGAACCCUGAAUCAGGUGCUAUAUUUUUCAAUGAGUUUAGAAACAAUGAACGCUUCAGUGCUAAAGCAGCAAAGGGGAGCUUUAACCUGACUGUGUCACAAGUAGAGCCGUCGGAUUCAGCAACAUACUACUGCACUCUUACGCGCUACAGUGAGAUCAGCUUUGGAGACGGAGCUACUUUAAUGGUGACAGGGUCAGAGUCACACGGCAGGACAGUAGUACUGCAGCAGCCCGAGUCUGAGUCAGUGCAGCCAGGAGACUCUGUAACUCUGCAGUGUACAGUACACACUGAGACCUGUGCAGGAGAUCACAGUGUGUACUGGUUCAGACAGGGCUCAGGAGAGUCCCCUCCAGGAAUCAUUUACACCCAUGGAAACAGGAGUGAUGAGUGCCAGAGGAGCUCUGGGGCUGUGUCUCCCACACAGAGCUGUGUCUACAACUUCCCCAAGAGGAACCUCAGCCCCUCUGAUGCUGGGACUUACUACUGUGCUGUGGCCACCUGUGGGGAGAUCCUGUUUGGGAACGGGACCAAGCUGAAUGUUGAGGGAGGUGAAUUAUCCAGGCUUGUCUGGCUCUCGAUCAUACGGACUGGAGUUCUCUGUUGCAUGUUGCCCAUAUUUGUCCUCAUCUAUUGCAAAAAGGCAUAAAUAAUAAUGCUAAUAUGGGAUUCAUAUCAUUAAAUCAGCCUGUGUGUCAUGUUCACAUUAUUAUCUCCUUCUGGGUAUUCUUUUUCUCCUUUCUCUUGUCAUUCAAAUUUUUUUUCCCACAGAACAAUACCUGUUCACAAAUUCACCAGGUGUAUUAAUCCUAAUGUGCUGUUCUGAUAAAGUUUGCAGAACAGCCUGAGACAGCUGAUGUUACUCAAACAAUGUAAUGCAAUUAAACUUAAUUCCAGUCA